AUGUGGAGCCUGAAGGUUGCGGAUAGCGGAGGAGGCAGCCCGUUGCUGUGCACGGGCAAUGGCUUCCUCGGCCGGGCCGUGUGGGACUUCGACGCCGGCGGCGGCACGCCGGAGGAGCGCGCUGAGGUGGAGAGGCUGCGCCGUGAGUUCACCGCCGGCCGCCACUGGAGGAAGGAGUCGCAGGAUCUCCUCCUGCGGAUGCAGUAUGCAGAAUCAACCCGUCUUCAACCAAAUCUUUCGGCUGUCGUAGUUCAAGACAAUCAAGAUGUGACAGAAGAAACUAUAUUAUCUUCGUUGCGACAAGCUCUUAAUCAAUAUUCGACUUUGCAAGCACAUGAUGGGCAUUGGCCUGGUGACUACAGUGGCAUCCUGUUCAUUAUGCCACUCCUGAUAUUCUCCUUACAUGUUACGGGAACACUCGAAGUCAUCUUAUCAUCGGAACAUAAACGUAAGAUAUGUCGUUACAUACAUACAACAUUGAAUGAAGAUGGCGGUUGGGGGACACAGGUUCUCAGCCACAGCACCAUGUUUCGCUCAUGCCUGAACUAUGCUACACUGAAGCUCCUUGGUGAGGCCCUGGAUAGCAAUGAAGCUUUAGCCAGAGGGCGUCUGUGGAUCUUAUCUCAUGGAGGUGCAACUGCAGCACCUCAAUGGGCAAAGAUAUGGCUCUCGAUCAUUAGUGUAUACGAUUGGUCCGGAAACAAAGCAAUAAUUCCUGAAUUAUGGAUGAUGCCCUAUUUUCUUCCAAUACAUCCAGCAAGAUUUUGGUGCUUUGUUCGUAUGAUUUACAUGUCCAUGGCAUAUCUUUAUGGGAAAAAGUUUGUCGGCCCAAUCACUCCAACUAUACUGGAAUUAAGAAAGGAGUUGUACAACAUACCUAAUGAGAUUGACUGGAACAAGGCUAGAGAUUCUUGUGCCAAGGAAGACCUUCGAUAUCCUAGUUCAUGGAUACAAAAUAUUGCAUGGACAUGUUUAAACAAGUUCGUGGAACCAAUCUUUAAUGUCUGGCCACUUAAUAAGCUUAGGGAGAUAUCUCUGCGCAACCUUAUGAAACAUAUCUACUAUGAGGAUGAGAACACCAAAUAUCUCGGUUUAUGCCCAAUAAACAAGGCAUUAAAUAUGAUUUGCUGUUGGAUAGAAAACCCAAAUUCAGAUGCAUUCAAGAAACAUCUUCCAAGGAUUUAUGACUAUCUAUGGCUUGCUGAAGAUGGCAUGAAGGCACAGGUAUAUGAUGGAUGCCAGACAUGGGAGACAGCAUUUAUUGUUCAAGCCUUUUGCUCCACAGGUCUAAUUGAUGAGUUCAGUACAACUCUUGAGAAAGCCUAUGGAUUUCUUAAAAAUUCACAGGUUCUUCAUGACCUCCCUAAUAGCAAAAGUUUUUAUCGCCAUAGAUCAAAAGGUUCAUGGACUCUUUCUACAGCAGACAAUGGUUGGUCAGUUCCUGAUUGUACAGGAGAAGCACUUCAGGCACUACUACUGCUGUCAAAGAUUUCUCCUAAACUUGUUGGUGAUCCAAUAAAAGAAAAAAAUUUGUAUCAAGCUAUCGACUGCCUCCUUUCUUUUUCGAACAAAGAUGGUACUUUCUCUUCGUACGAAUGCACGAGAACAGCUUCAUGGACAGAGAUUCUGAACCCUUCGGAGAGUUUUCGGAACAUUGUGGUUGAUUAUCCACAUGUCGAGUGCACAUCUUCAGCGAUUCAAGGCCUGCUGUCAUUUAAGGAGUUAUAGCCAGGGUAUCGUGGUGAAGAAAUAGAAAAUUGUAUAAAGAAUGCUGUCAGGUUCAUUGAGAACAAACAACAAAAUGAUGGCUCAUGGUAUGGCACAUGGGGUGUAUGCUUUACCUACGGGGCAUUCUUUGCAAUAAGAGGAUUAGUUGCUGCUGGUAGAACUUAUGAGAAUUGUCAGGCUAUCAGGAAUGGAUGCAAGUUCCUAUUGUCAAAGUAGCUUAGUGCAGGUGGAUGGGGUGAACACUACAGUUCUUGUGAAAGUGAGGUCUAUGUCGAUAGUGGGAGUCCUCAUGCUGUGAAUACCUCCUGGGCAAUGUUAGCUUUAAUUUACUCUGGACAGAUUGAACGAGAUCCAACACCAUUAUAUUGUGCUGCAAAACAACUAAUCAACAUGCAACUUGAGACAGGAGAGUUCCCUCAACAGGAACAUGUUGGAUGCUUCAAUUCCUCCCUUUACUUCAAUUACCCAAACUACCGCAACUUAUUUCCUAUUUGGGCUCUCGGAGAACUCCGGCACCGACUUAUUGCAAGCAAGGACUGA